ACGGGAGAGAGGAGAUGUUUCUAGGCAUCAUAUUUGGUGCGGUUUCAAAUUAAACCAUUUUCUUCUGUUAUAUAUUAUUUUCACUAUUGUAUAUACCCUGCUCUUCCUCAGUUGUACAUAUUACGGAUAACAAGCCUCUUGUACUCCAUACCCCAGCCAUGGCUACUACCCUUGCCCGUUCGUUCUCGUCCGAGAACAGCCGUCUUGCGGUCCUCGUUCCGAAUAAGCCCAACCCCUUGGCCAUCUCCUACCAGCAGCUUCACUCGCACGUCGCCAGUUUCCAGGCCAAGCUAGCGAAACUGGGAGUCUCUCAUGGAGCUGCUGUUUCCAUAGCCCUAGUGAACUCAUACGAGUUCGUCGUGUCGUUCCUGGCGGUUUCAUGGCAACGAGGUAUUGCUGCGCCUCUCAACCCGGCAUACAAAGGGGAGGAAUUUGAAUUUUACAUUGAUGAUCUCAGCUCGACGCUAGUGUUGAUUCCGCGGGGCGCAUAUGAACAGUAUGGUCCGGCUGUGCAAGCGGGUCGCAAGUAUCAGGCUGCGAUUGCGGAAUGCUACUGGGAUGGGGAAGAGGUGGUUUUGGAUGUGAAGGAAGAGGGCAAGUUGGCUGGAAGCCUAGGUCUUCAGGUGGAAGAAGCGCAGCCAGAUGAUAUCGCUUUGGUUUUGCAUACAAGUGGAACAACUGGCAGACCCAAAGCUGUUCCUCUGACACAUAAUAACUUGACAACUACCAUGAAAAACAUAAAAGCUACGUACGAGUUAACCCCUGAAGACCGCACAUACUUGGUGAUGCCUCUCUUCCAUGUCCAUGGACUUCUGGCUGCGUUUCUGGCUCCUCUCUACGCUGGGGGAUCAGUCAUUGUGCCUCAGAAAUUCUCUGCUUCGGAGUUCUGGGCAGACUUUGUCAACUAUCAAGCCAACUGGUACACCGCGGUGCCGACGAUCCAUCAAAUUCUACUCAAAACCCCGUUGCCUAACCCUAUUCCGAGCAUCCGCUUCAUCCGCUCAUGCUCCUCGCCGUUAUCGCCAAAGACUUUCCAAGACCUGGAAAAGACAUUCAAAGCCCCUGUUCUCGAAGCCUACGCGAUGACCGAGGCCGCACACCAGAUGACCAGCAAUCCGCUCCCACCUGGUAAGCGACAACCCGGUAGCGUUGGCAUUGGAACAGGUGUCGAGGUGCGGAUCCUAGAUGGUGCCGACAAGGAGGUUUCUCAAGGUUCGCCGGGAGAGAUCUGCAUCCGCGGCGAGAACGUGACCAAGGGUUACCUGAACAACCCAUCAGCCAACGAGUCAUCCUUCACCAGGGACGGAUUCUUCCGUACUGGUGACCAGGGUAUCAAGGACCCAGCUGGGUAUGUGAUCAUCACCGGCCGUAUCAAGGAACUCAUCAACAAGGGCGGAGAAAAGAUCAGUCCUAUAGAAAUCGACAAUACGCUUCUCCAUCACCCCAAGGUGGCCGAGGCCGUCAGCUUCGCCAUUCCCGAUGAGGGUCACUAUGGCGAAGAUAUUGGUGCAGCAGUUGUUUUGAAGGGCGAAGGUGUGACCGAUCAAGAGUUGAAGUCAUGGGUGGGCGAUAAGCUGGCUAAGUUCAAGGUGCCGAGACACAUUUUUAUCGUGUCACAAAUCCCCAAGACAGCCACUGGAAAGAUCCAGCGACGUAAAGUGGCCGAGGCAAUGCUCAAGCUAAAGGCGAAGCUAUGAACGCUCCACCUUGCAUUCUAUAUUCUGCCUUUAUAUUAGUUCCGCAUUUAUUUAGAUGGUGUGCAAAGUACGAGAAUGUACUACGCUUCCAGUUUCCAUAUCUAUAAAUACGGUUCAAUGACGUUAGACCGCUCCUGUGGCAUUUCUAAGCGCUCCAUACCAAAACCAUCCCCAAUUCGGAGAAUUUAGAUCUCUAGUAUCCCCAGCGCCUCCACUUGUCAGAUUUAUAAUUCAUAGGUCUUGGAACUAGAUAAAGCUCCCCUCUUUCCUCUCUACAAUAAAAUUAAUCCCUCC